CAAUAACUUUCACAGUGACAUGUGACCAUUUCCAAAAGGAAGGAAGACCAUGCUUGGAGAACCAGCACAGCAGCAAAGUGACACUCUGCUCCCGUGGCGCCAGCAUCAGAGCUCGAAUGGCCUGCGGCGGCAGAAGCGAGACUGGGUCAUCCCACCCAUCAAUGUGCCGGAGAACUCCAGGGGACCCUUCCCGCAGCAGCUGGUUCGGAUUCGUUCCGACAAGGACAAAGAGAUCCAUAUCAGAUACAGCAUCACUGGAGUUGGAGCCGACCAGCCGCCGAUGGAAGUCUUCAGCAUUGACCCUGUGUCUGGCAGGAUGUAUGUGACUCGCCCGAUGGACAGAGAAGAAAGAGCUUCCUACCAUCUCCGGGCUCAUGCGGUGGAUAUGAAUGGAAACAAGGUGGAGAAUCCUAUUGACCUGUACAUCUAUGUGAUUGAUAUGAAUGACAACAGACCAGAGUUUAUAAACCAAGUCUAUAAUGGAUCUGUUGAUGAAGGCUCUAAACCAGGUACCUACGUGAUGACAGUGACAGCAAACGAUGCAGAUGACAGUACUACAGCAAAUGGGAUGGUGAGGUACCGCAUCGUGACACAGACCCCACAGAGCCCAUCACAAAAUAUGUUUACAAUUAACAGCGAGACAGGUGACAUUGUCACUGUGGCUGCUGGGCUUGACAGAGAGAAAGUUCAGCAGUAUAUAGUCAUUGUUCAAGCCACAGAUAUGGAAGGAAAUCUUAACUACGGUCUCUCAAACACGGCAACAGCAAUCAUUACAGUGACAGAUGUGAAUGACAACCCACCCGAAUUCACUACAAGCACUUAUUCAGGAGAAGUUCCUGAGAACAGAGUGGAGGUGGUGGUGGCAAAUCUGACAGUGAUGGACCGGGACCAGCCUCACUCCCCCAACUGGAAUGCCAUCUACCGCAUCAUCAGCGGAGACCCCUCAGGCCAUUUCACUAUCCGGACAGACCCAGUCACCAACGAAGGCAUGGUAACCGUUGUAAAGGCAGUCGAUUACGAGAUGAACAGAGCUUUCAUGCUGACAGUGAUGGUAUCAAACCAAGCUCCUCUGGCCAGUGGCAUCCAGAUGUCCUUCCAGUCAACCGCAGGAGUCACCAUUUCAGUCACAGAUGUCAACGAAGCACCUUAUUUCCCGACGAACCACAAGCUAAUCAGGCUGGAGGAGGGGGUGCCUAUGGGGACGGUCCUGACAACGUUCUCAGCAGUGGAUCCUGAUCGCUUCAUGCAGCAGGCAGUAAGAUACUCUAAGCUGUCAGAUCCUGCAAACUGGCUGAACAUUAACGCCACAAAUGGUCAGAUCACUACUGCUGCUGUCCUUGAUCGAGAGUCAGACUACAUUAAGAAUAAUGUCUACGAGGCCACAUUCUUGGCGGCUGACAACGGUAUACCCCCUGCAAGCGGCACUGGCACUCUGCAGAUCUACCUAAUCGACAUCAACGAUAAUGCUCCUGAGCUCUUGCCAAAAGAGGCACAGAUCUGUGAAAAGCCAAACCUGAAUGUCAUCAACAUAACAGCCGCGGAUGCUGACAUCGAUCCAAACGUCGGACCCUUUGUCUUCGAGCUGCCAAGUGUGCCAUCUGCGGUGAGGAAGAACUGGACCAUAACACGGCUGAAUGGCGAUUACGCCCAGCUCAGUUUACGAAUCACGUACCUGGAAGCAGGUGUGUAUGAUGUACCAAUCAUUGUGACAGACUCGGGAAACCCUCCCUUGUACAACACGUCCAUCAUCAAAGUGAAGGUGUGCCCGUGCGACGAGAACGGUGACUGCACCACCAUCGGGGCAGUGGCUGCGGCAGGGCUGGGCACAGGUGCCAUCAUUGCCAUCUUGAUCUGCAUCAUCAUUUUACUCACCAUGGUUCUGCUGUUUGUGGUGUGGAUGAAGCGCCGGGAGAAGGAGCGCCACACCAAGCAGCUCCUGAUUGACCCUGAGGACGACGUCAGGGACAAUAUCCUGAAGUACGAUGAAGAGGGAGGUGGAGAGGAAGACCAGGAUUAUGAUUUAAGCCAGCUCCAGCAGCCAGAAACCAUGGAUCAUGUUCUGAACAAGACACCUGGAGUCAGAAGGGUGGAUGAAAGACCUAUUGGUGCUGAACCACAGUAUCCUAUAAGACCAGUAAUCCCACAUCCAGGGGAUAUUGGUGACUUUAUUAAUGAGGGCCUGCGUGCGGCCGACAAUGACCCCACAGCCCCUCCCUAUGAUUCCCUGCUGGUGUUUGACUAUGAGGGCAGUGGCUCCACUGCUGGUUCCGUCAGCUCCCUGAACUCCUCUAGCUCCGGGGACCAGGACUACGACUACCUUAACGACUGGGGGCCCAGGUUCAAGAAACUGGCGGACAUGUAUGGGGGAGGCGAGGAAGAUUAAACUGACCUCACAUUAUUUAAAAACAAAUAUAAGAAGAAGACAGAAAAUAAUAUUAAGAAAAAAAGAAGAAAAAAACAUAGAAAAAACAAACCCACAGACGACAUUAACAAAAAGAGCCGAUGCAGAAGCAAGAACUGUACAGAUGUGGCAGCUUUUUUAAUUAAUAUCCCCUGCUGACUGUGUUGUUAUUUUUAGUGGUGACAUAGGAGGUUUCUUUUUUUUUCCCUUUUUUUUUUCCUUUCUAAUGUUAUUUUUUAGAAUAUUGAGCUGUCUCGCAUGAACACUUGUCUCUGCUGCAGGUUUUUUUUGUUCUUUUGGUUUGGUUUUUUAAUGUCAGCCGGGAUAUUGCUCGUUUACCUGCUUUAUGACUAAAGAGAGUGAAAGGCACUCUGUCUUAACUUGAAUUUCUUAGAACAGAAGCACUGUUUUUAAAAUAUAUAUAUAUAUAUAUAUUUGAAAGUGCCUUUUGGUGCAUGUAUCAGAUUCCCUUCAAUCUCAGGAGUGACGAAAACAAACAUACAACCAUCCUGGGCAGCACUCCCUGUGACCUUAAGCCAGUUCUAGCUGGGAAGGAUUUAACAAAAAGGAACUCUGGAGAUUGGUUCUUUUUUUUUUUUUUCCUUUUUUUCUUUUU